GGGUCGCCAGGUGCCCCUGAGGCUCGGCUCCUAUAUUUAACCUUUCCCCCACCUCCCGCGUGAGCGAGAUGUGCUCUUCUUCCAUGCGUGCUAGCUCUUCCCCUCGGUAGUUUAGACGAUCUACCAGCCUGUUUUGCCUCUGUAUGUCGUCUUCCGUAGCUGUUCCAAACAGUAGCUUGAGUAGUUUCCCGUCUACGAGGCCCCGCCGAUGACGAUUGUCCACAAUUAAUCAGCCAGAUCAUCAGUUAUGCCCAUUGACUCGUCGAAAAGGCUGUUCACCAUGUGCAUCUCUUAUGUGGAAGAAUGACGCGUCUCUUCAUCGGCGAUGAACGUCAAUGAUUGCACUUGUCGCCAGUGAUUGACCGAUUCCAGGGUUGCUUUUAGGUCCAUAUCCACCUCCAGGGUCCACGUGUCUCCCGUAAAAACUGUGAGCUCCCGUGGAAGGAAUACCAUCCCGUUGGUUUUUUUGACCUCGAUCCGCUGGACGCCAGAACUCGGGACCUCUGAAACAACAUAUGAAGGUGGUUUACUCUAUUCUACGGGACCGUAGAAAAUAGGGGCUACGGGAUGGCGUACUUCUCGCUGGGGAAGACGAAGAGGAUGGCAGGUCUGUGGACGAUGGGGUCCGCUCGGUUCCCCAUUACUGGUGAAGAACUUGUUUCUGGACUCGGUGAGUGGGCUGAUGACGACGAGUUAUGUCGGGAUAAUUCCUGAUUGUUACCCUCGUCGUCGUCUUCCCACGAUUCGGGGUAAUUGAGCGUUUCUGCUGUCAAAUCUGUCCCCUCCUCGGACGGCGUUUCUGCCCCAAUUGACUUUAGUUUGUUGUUGGUUCUCCACUGCUUGGUCAUCCGUAAUUACUUCCCCCAUUUGAUGGUUUUUGAGACGGUCGACAUGGAUGACUUUCCUCUGCCCCCCGCCUAGAUCGACGAGGGAAGUAACCUAUGUAAUUUGACGAACGAUGUGGAAGGGGCCCCGCUAUGGUUUGUGAAACUUCUUAGCUUCUCCCGGGCGAACUGCAGGCUCCGAUACGUAAAUUAGCUGUCCCGGAAGGAAUUUCCGUACUGGUUUAAUGAUGGCAGCUUUACUCUCAUCCACCUGUGGGUCCGCAGCCUCAUCGCUAUUAGUUUUUGCUACCUCUUAUGCACGGUGCAGGUUCGCCUUAGGUGUCUCCAUAUAUUCUUCGUAGCCCGUAGGAGCAGGCCUAUCUUGAGGCUGGAGAUUGACUCCGAAGGAGAGUGUCGGUGUCCGCCCUUACAGCAUUGUGAACUCCGUGGCUAAGUGGGCUGUCGCGUUGUACGAGAAGACGGCGAAGGCCAGCCACCUAUCCCAAUCUUGCACGUAGGGCAUAAGUUUAUCUGAUGGUACGCGUUUUUUAGGUCGAUAGUGCUGAAGUAUGUGUAGCUUGCUAUUUUCGUAAUGAGAUCAUCGAUAUGCGGUAAAGGAUAGGCAUCUAAAAACGUGAAUUUGUUGAUUGUUUGUGACCGCCACAUCACACCAAUUUUAUUUCGAACUGUUCCCUCUGACUGCUCCGCGUCUACUGACCCCUAUUGUUGCCGUUCACCCGAGGCCGGGUUGCUGACAGAGCACCUAGGUCCCCCUUUUUGCCGACACUGUUUCUUAUUAUCCUAGUUACAAAUAUUAAUCUAUUUAAAACAAUAUUUGAUUCAUUUUAUUUUAUAAAUCUUCCCCUCACCGCUUACAAUAGUCUGCAAUUCUGAGGUUCACUGUGACAUAUCCUGCAGUGUUGGUAUGAAGAGAUGUUGAGGCCAUAGACACUCGCUCCUCACUGGGCACGAUGCUAAUGUAAGUUUCAGUUCAUAAUCCAAACUAAUGAAGCUCCCUGAACUUCCGGUGUCUACUAGGCAUUGAGCAGAGAUACCAUUCAUCAUAGCCAUCGUGAUAGCACGGCUCAACUGGUGCAAAAACUUCCCAUUCAAAGAAGCGAUGAUAGCUGCGGAGACAGUCUUUGAUUUAGGUUCCCUUGUAGGUUUUCGACAUACUCUUGCAUAGUGGCCACGAGUCCCACAGUUAUUACAUUAUACAUCUUUCUUACAUUAUACAUCUUUCGCAGAGCAAAAAAGCGAAGAUGUCGAUUUUGCCCACAGAAGUAACAUCUAGUCCUUUCGGUUUGGACGGUUGCGCAUACGUCUUUGAUUUUGUCUGAAAAACUCUUACGAUCAGUCGCGGGUGGUUCCGCCUCCAAACCCGCUCAUGUGUUCUGACUCCGGGAGUAUUCCUCAACCUGCAUAAGCGCCAUCUCGAGAGACACCGCUCGCCGCACCGCCUCGUCUAGACUUAAGGUACGUUUCCACUGCCCGCGAAGCGAUGCGAUGCGAAGCGAAGAGAAUGACGGCGCGAAGUUCCAAGCGAUGCGAUGCGAUGAUGUGUUUAUACUGCUAGCGAUUUUACGGAAGAAGCGGGCAGUAGAGUUUGAGUUCAGAGCGAGACACCCAAUGUCGUUCCAAUUGAACCCCGUAAAUUUGUUUUUAUUGGAGAACAGUGCAGUAAUUAGAAGAAGAAUUAAAAGAAGACGUAGUAAGUGGGUGCAUGAAAUCAAUCAGGUUAGAUCUACGUUAGGAGAAUAUCACCAUUUGUACCGUCACCUGCGAGAGGAUGAAGAGCGGUUUUGCAGCUACUUCAGAAUGAGUCCAAGUACUUUCGACUACAUUCUAUCCCAAAUUUCAACUGCAAUACAGAAGCAAGACACCAAUUUCAGGAUGGCCAUACCGGCAGAAGAAAAACUUAUGGUCACAAUUAGAUAUUUGGCCCAUGGUAUGUCAUUCCGCAGUUUGGCUCACUCUUUUCGUUUAGGAGUCACUACGAUAGCAUCAUGUGUUCAUGACACUUGUGCAGCAGUGUCCGCGAUUUUGGGACCCCUCCAUUUACCUGUUCCAACUGUUCCAGAACUUGAAGAAGUGGCUCGACUAAUGUUUGACAGAUGGAACUUUCCAAAUUGUGUAGGAGCUGUUGAUGGCAAGCACAUCCGCAUUCAGUGCCCUGCGCACAGUGGAACUAUGUUCUUUAACUACAAGAAAUUUUUUUCUAUUUGUUUGUUAGCAGUUGCUGACGCUAACUACAAGUUCCUAACAGUUGAUAUUGGCGCUUACGGCAAGCAGUCAGAUGGAGGAACAUUUCGAGAAACCAAAUUAUGCAAAAAUCUCAUGACUGUUCCGCACAAUUGGCCAAAACCUAAGGAAAUUCCUGGAACCACAACUUACGCCCCUUUUGUAUUGGUAGGGGACGAAGCUUUUCCUCUAAUGGAGAAUUUGAUGCGCCCGUUUCCUGGCACGGCACUGACUGAAGAUCGAAGGAGAUUCAACAAGAGGUUAUCAAGAAGUAGAACAGUCGUGGAACGUGCCUUCGGAAUUAUGACCAACAAAUGGCGGAUUCUUCGGAAGGAAAUAGAAACAUCCGUACAACAUGCAGAUCACAUUGUUCACUGCAUAUGUGUCCUACACAAUAUUGUCAUCGAUAAAGAUGGGCCACCGAUCGCUACUUUGUUGGAACUGGAGCAGGAGAUACCAUUCCUCCUCAGUAGCUUCCAAAAUGACCGGUCAAACAGCAGUGCUCCCAGAAACGCAACAAAUGUGCGAGAGGCAUUUAAAACCUACUUCAAUAAUAAUCCAAUGUAAUUAAUUAAUAUUUCAGAUGACCAUGUAAGGUAUCACUACUACAAUAGUGAAAUACCUAUAUACUAAUUGUCACUGUAAAUAAUAAUACAUGCUGAAUAAAAGCUACUGCAACUAA